GCUCAGCCCAGCCCAGCCUGCCAGCCCUGAACCCCACUGACCAACCUACACCACGCACCCAGGCCCUGAAGACAAUAGAUGACUGUGACCAUGACUACAACAGAGGACAGAGGUGAGGCAGCCCCUGGGGGCCCCCAGCCCACCCAUAUUGACGUGCACAUCUAUCAGGAGUCAGCCCUGGCUAAGCUGCUGCAGAUUGCAGAUGCCCACCUGCAGGCCCCCAAGCUGGUCACCACUUCCUGUGGUGCCAGGCUGCUGGUGGCCUCCUGGGCAAUGCAGAUCACGCUGGGAUUGCUAUGUGGGGUACUGGGAGGACUCCUCUUUCUCUGUCCAUCCUCCUACCUGCGUGACUCUGGAGCUGCCUUCUGGACUGGAGGUGUGGCUGUGCUGGCAGGAGCUGUGGCCUUCAUCUAUGAGAAACGACGAGGCAUCUUUUGGGCCUUCCUGAAGACCGUGCUCCUCUUGGCAGUUUUCUCCACGGCUGUUACCGCCAUUGUGAUUGCAGCUAAUACUUUCUAUAGCAUCUAUUAUUUCUAUGAUGAAAAUGAUAACUGUGACAUCUCCUCACCGAGGACCUGGCCCACAUAUACCUCCAGCGCCCCAGACCCAGAGAAUAUUCAGAGGCUAGCCCUUUGUUUCUCCUACGUGCGCAUGCUGAAGGCCAUGGCAGUAGGCCUCCAUGCCAUUCUCUUGGCUCUCUGGAUUCUGCUGAUUUUCACAUCUCUCACUCCAUCAUGUCUGUUCUUCUGGAAAAAAUGCCUAGCCAAGGAGAAAACAGAUCAGAAGAAACUGCUGGCAGGAAACGAAAAUUAGUUCCUGCUGCUUCUGACGGCCUUCUGGGAGCACUGCUGGGCUGAUUGUCUUGUAUCUUGACUGCUCAGUGGAGAACCAGACUGGGCAAGAGGUAUUCCAGUAGCCCCAAGAUCUGUCUGUCCCACAGCCACUGCUACCCUUGCUGCAUGGAAACCAGUCACUGCUUAUUGUCACCAUCCUGCCAGCUUCAUGUCCCUGAGAAAUUAUGAUAAUAAAGAUCAUGUUGUUA